GAAAACGGAUAAAUCGAUCAUUAAGGAAGCGUAAUCGCGCCCUGCACGGAAAUCAAGAAGGAUGUCUAUGAGAAGAGCAUUGCAUUUUGUUUUCAAAGUUGGUGACCGGGUCAGAACAGCCACGUUUUACCGAGAUGUCUUGGGCAUGAAGGUUUUACGGCAUGAGGAGUUUGAAGAAGGCUGUAAAGCAACUUGCAAUGGUCCCUAUGAUGGAAAAUGGAGCAAGACAAUGGUUGGCUUUGGUCCAGAGGAAAACCAUUUUGUGGCUGAACUGACAUACAAUUACGGAAUUGGAGAAUAUCAACUUGGCAAUGACUUCUUGGGUCUCACACUACAGUCCAGCCAAGCCGUAAGCAAUGCCAAACGACUCGGGUGGCCCCUCGCUCAGGUGGAGGAAGCUCUGUAUUUGACCCACGCUCCUGGAGGAUAUCCUUUCUACAUUGUGGACAAAGACCAGCCUCCUCAUGACCCUGUGCAGAAAGUUUCCCUCGGUGUGUCGGACCUCCACAGAUCAACUCAUUACUGGGCUACGCUCUUAGGAAUGACAGUGAUGGAGAAAAGUGAGAAAAACAAGACGGUGUUGUUGGGAUUUGCAGAUUCUCAAUGUAAAUUGGAGCUUCGGGAUAUCAGUGGAACGGUCGAUCACGGAACAGCGUUUGGGAGGAUUGCAUUUUCAUGUCCACGAGAACAAUUGCCUGGUAUUGAAGCCUUGAUGAAAACAGAAAAUCAGAAAAUCCUCACUCCAUUAGUCAGCCUGGACACUCCUGGAAAAGCCACAGUAGAAGUCGUUAUUUUAGCUGACCCGGACGGUCACGAGAUUUGUUUUGUGGGAGAUGAGGCGUUCAGGCAGCUUUCUGCUGUGGAUCAUAAAGGAAGUGAAUUGCUUGAUAAGGCCAUGGCUGAAGAUAAAAGUGACGAAUGGUUUGCCAAGCAUAACAAACAGAAGGCUGCUGCAUGAGAUGCUUUUCUCAUCUGUUCACUUGAUGAUAAUCUCCUGAACCGGAUGCUCAUGGCUGACAUCUUUUCAUAAUGUUAACUCUGUUGUGCUCGGGCUGGAAGUCCGAUUAAUCUUCCUGAAUAACCAUGAUAUGAACCACUGCAAAGGACAACUUGCUGAAUUUGAUCAGUGUUUCUCAAAAAAUAUCUAAUUUAUUUCAGUUUGAUUAUUAAAGCAUACUUUUUUAAACCAUGACAAUUUAUCCAGAACC